AUGGAUAAAGCUGUAGGAGGCGUGCGCCCACAAUUACCGAUGGACCCCGGCCACAAAGACGAUACAAUCUCGUCGUGCAAUCCUAAUGACCCGUGCGAAAGUCGUUACAAAAAUAACGCGCUGCCAGGAACGAGAAACCUCUCCGACUGUAAAAUUAACACUGCAAUACCAAUAGGCCAACAGAAUGAUAAUAUGACUAGUUAUGUCUAUUCUAGCGCUGACAGCCUCUACUGCAAGGACCUCAUAGGUUUGGCGCAACUAAACCACUUGCCAUCACUGCAAGAAACACAACUCAAAAACACUUCUACUGAUUCCAUCAGCACUGUAGACUCUCAGCUGGCUGUUCCGGCUGUACUGGGGCCUAAGAGAAAGAAUCGUCAAAAUGUCCAGAACAACGCGCCACCAGCGACUGCCACCAAUACAAAAACCUCGUAUGCCAACGGGUCAGCCAGCCCAGCGUCUGUGCCCGGGAAUAGCCGCGUUAACUGUAACUCCUCAGGCGGAUAUCCUGGUGUGAGCUGGAACCGCAGGAUGGGCGCAUGGCUGAGCUUUUACUAUGAUAACUAUUGUCGCCGCAGCCGUACAUUCCAUCCCAAACACUUCAACAUGGACGUGGAGGCGGCUAGGCUUGCUGCGGUAAGCUUUAUCAAAACCGUUGAGGGAAACCCCAGGUCCAAAAGAAUCAGACGUGCCGAGAAAGGCAUCAGGCCAAAGUCCACCGCCCUGGUCUCCAAGUCGCAAUAUAUUAGUGCUGAUUUGGCACAUGCAUCUACUCCUAAAAGCCCUAAUUGUCGGUCCAUGGCCGGGGUAGAUUUGGCAGCCGUAGCUCCCACCGCAACCGCAGCUAGGGGAUGGAGCCCCUACUAUGUAGUUCCUAAUGAAGACUACUACGCGGGCGAAAACUAUUGGAAAUCAAUUGCAAUGUUGGAUACUUACUCACUUCCCGAACAGCUUUGCGGAUAUACCCCCAAUAGUCCUAUGAUGGGCUUUGUGCUUCCUUCCACAGGGUACAUGAAUUACGACAACAGCUACUACGCCCACCAUCCUCUUCCUCAUUCAUGCCCAAAAGCUCAAAAUUUAAGUGCGGCUGCCAGCCCAAGUAAGGACUAUGACUAUGGUACACAACCUCAGUAUGUGCCACAUGUGGAAGCUGUGCCUGCGAAUAAUGUAUACACCAGUGAUCAGCACCCCGACCUGAAUAGUCUUUUUUACUUGAAUCCAGUUAAAUGCAGUCAGCCGGCUGCGAAUUCUGCCGGCUUUUACAUUGAUCAGUAG